AGAACAUUCAGUCUUUCAGUGGAAUUUCAGUUUAUAUUAUUGAGAAGUAACAAAAAAAAAUGUCAUCCUCAGACGAUAACAAGUACAUUCUAGAAGAUCACAAUUAUGGAAAGAACGGAGUGAAAAUUUUACAUCUCGUUAGAAAUGGUCUCGUUCAUAUUGUAAAGGAGCUUGAAGUGUCAACACGUCUCACACUAUCUUCACAAAAAGAUUAUCUGCAAGGUGACAAUUCUGACAUCAUUGCUACUGACUCGCAGAAAAAUAUAGUGUACUUGCUAGCAAAGAAGUAUGGCAUAAAGUCACCAGAGGAUUUUGGAAUCUUGCUGUGCAAUCAUUUUAUGUCCAAAUACGAACAUGUGCUAAAAGUUUCUAUACGCGUUGAAGAACUCAUGUGGAAUCGAGUGAAUUAUGGUGAUCAUGCAAAUGUCAAGUUGCAUAACCAUGCAUUCGUUCAUACUCCUAUGUGUACACGAUCUGCAAGUGUCGUUCUUAAAAAAUAUGAAAAAUAUCCAGUCAUAAUUAGUGGCAUUAAGAAUUUGCGUGUCUUGAAGACAACAAAAAGUUCAUUUGUUAAUUUUAUUAAUGACGAAUACCGCACACUUCCCGAUGCCGAUGAUAGAAUUUUCAGCACAAUCGUUGACUGCUCGUGGGUUUAUUGUUCUAAUCCACAAAUAGAUUAUGAUAAAGCAUGGGAACUUGUCAAGUACUGCGUUCUCAAUAAUUUUGCUGGAGAUUUAGAUCAAGGAAUACCAUCUCCAAGUGUUCAAAAUACACUUUAUAUUACUGAAAAGGAUGUUUUGGAAAAGAUUCAGCAAAUAAGUUCUAUUGAAAUGACGUUGCCAAAUAAGCAUUAUGUCAGUGUUGAUUUUUCGAAAUUUAAGAAUCUUGUUCGGGAUGAUGAACAAACAGUAUAUUUGCCAAUGGAUAAGCCAUCAGGUGUGAUUUAUGCCAAGCUAGAUAGAAAAAAUAUUACAAAUAAAUUGUAGGUGAAUACCUUAAAUAUUAGAAAGUGAAUAAAAAUUUCCAUGGUAUUAAAUGCAACAU